AUUGGAUUGAUGCACCAACGGUGCUGCUGGCAGCAGUGCCCCCGAGGUGGAGGGGACCAGGCGCGGGCUAGGGGAGAGGAGGACGGGCCCCCGAUCCAGAGCAGCGUGACAGUAAGAGACUCAUUCAGUGACAACUUAUUGACCAUCUGAUGGAUCCAGGGCGCUCUGCCAGAUAAAGGCGAGGCAAAAGAAAGUGUAACCAGUAAAGUCUCAAUUUACUUUGAAAGGAAUGUGAUGUUAAUUCUGGGGCAUUGAUGUUUUACAAUGCCUGAUCAAGACAAAAAAGUGAAGACCACAGAAAAAUCAACCGAUAAAAAACAACAAGGAAUCAUCACCAGGGACUAUUCAGAUCUUAAAAGACUUCUGUGCCUUUUGAACGUUCAGUCAAGCAAACAACAGCUUCCAGCCAUUAACUUCGAUAGUGCCAGAAGCAGCAUGACAAAGUCUGAGCCUGCCAUCAGGGUGGGUGGACAUGGAGCUCGAGGUCAGUGGCACGAGUCCACAGAAGCCAUUGAACUUGAAAAUUUUAGUAUAAACUACAAGAAUGAGAGAAAUUUCAGCACACAUCCCCAGCAUAAACUAUUUCAGGAGAUUUUUACAGCCUUGGUGAAAAAUAGACUCAUAUGCAGAGAGUGGGUUGAUCGAGCCCCAUCUCUUCAUUUUCUGAGAGUAUUAAUUUGUCUGAGACUUCUAGUGAGGGAUCCACGUUAUCAGGAAAUACUCCAUAGCUUGGGUGGGAUUGAAAACCUAGCUCAGUACAUGGAGAUCGUGGCCCACGGGUACCUCGGCUCCGGGGAGGCGCAGCACAGCGUGGACAAGCUGGUCAACAUGACGUAUAUUUUUCAAAAACUUGCUGCUGUCAAAGACCAAAGAGAAUGGGUCACCACAAGCAGAGCCCACAAGACAUUAGUAAAUUUACUCAGUGCCCGAGAUACUAACGUUCUGUUGGGUGCCCUUCUGGCUGUGGCUAGUUUAGCUGAAAGUCCAGAAUGUAGGGAGAAAAUAAGUGAACUCAACAUUGUAGAAAAUCUGCUGAUGAUUUUACAUGAAUAUGACUUGCUUUCCAAAAGGCUCUCGGCCGAGCUGCUGCGCCUGCUCUGUGCCGAGCGCCAGGUGAGAGAGCAGGUGAAGCUCUACGAGGGUGUCCCCAUCCUCCUCAGCUUGCUGCACUCAGACCACCUACAGCUGCUGUGGAGCGUCGUCUGGAUCCUGGUUCAGAUUUGUGAGGACCCUGAGAUCAGUGUGGAAAUUCGCAUUUGGGGAGGCAUCAAGCAGCUUCUUCAUAUUUUACGAGGGGACAGAAAUUUUGUUUCUGAUCGUUCCUCCAUUGGAAGCCUGUCUAGUGCCAAUGCGGCAGGCCAAAUCCAGCAGCUUCAUUUGUCAGAAGAUUUCAGCCCUCCGGAAAUACAAGAAAAUACUUUCUCUCUUCAAGCAGCCUGCUGUGCGGCCCUCACGGAACUGGUGCUCGACGACACCAACGCCCACCAGGUGGUUCAGGAAAAUGGUACAUAUACAAUAGCAAAAUUAAUUUUACGAAAUAAACAAAAGAAUGCAGCAAAAACUAAUCUAUUACAGUGUUAUGCUUUCAGAGCCUUGAGGUUUCUCUUCAGUAUGGAAAGAAACAGACCACUCUUUAAAAGACUUUUCCCCACCGACUUGUUUGAGAUCUUCAUUGACAUAGGACAUUAUGUUCGUGAUAUCAGUGCUUAUGAAGAAUUAGUAUCAAAGUUGAAUUUAUUAGUGGAGGAUGAACUGAAGCAAAUUGCUGAAAAUAUUGAAAGCAUUAAUCAGAAUAAAGCUCCUUCGAAAUAUAUAGGCAACUAUGCAGUUUUGGAUCAUCUUGGAAGUGGAGCUUUUGGCUGUGUUUACAAGGUUAGAAAGCAUAGUGGUCAAAAUCUUUUAGCAAUGAAAGAAGUCAAUUUACAUAACCCAGCAUUUGGAAAGGAUAAAAAAGAUCGAGACAGCAGUAUAAGGAAUAUUGUUUCUGAAUUAACCAUAAUUAAAGAGCAGCUUUAUCAUCCCAAUGUUGUACGCUAUUACAAAACAUUUCUGGAAAAUGAUAGGUUGUAUAUAGUUAUGGAGCUUAUAGAAGGGGCCCCUCUUGGAGAACAUUUCAGUUCUUUGAAGGAAAAACAACAUCAUUUUGCUGAAGAGAGACUAUGGAAAAUAUUUAUACAGCUGUGCCUAGCUCUUCGGUACUUACACAAGGAGAAGAGGAUCAUCCAUAGAGACCUGACGCCAAACAACAUUAUGUUGGGGGAUAAGGACAGAGUAACAGUUACUGACUUUGGCCUGGCAAAGCAAAAACAAGAAAGCAGCAAACUUACAUCUGUUGUAGGAACAAUUCUGUAUUCCUGCCCUGAGGUGCUGAAGAGUGAGCCGUAUGGGGAGAAGGCUGAUGUCUGGGCAGCAGGCUGCAUCCUUUAUCAGAUGGCGACUCUGAAUCCUCCCUUCUACAGCACAAACAUGCUCUCCCUGGCCACAAAAAUAGUGGAGGCAGUAUAUGAACCAGUACCAGAAGGCAUCUAUUCUGAAAAGGUGACCACUAUCAUCAGCAGAUGCCUCACUCCUGAUGCAGAAACCCGCCCAGAUAUUGUAGAAGUCAGCUCCAUGAUAUCAGAUGUCAUGAUGAAGUAUGUAGAUAAUUUAUCCGCAUCCCAGCUGACCUUGGAGAAGAAGCUGGAACGGGAACGGAGACACACACAGAGGUAUUUUAUGGAAGCCAACCGGAACACAGUCAUGUGUCAGCACGAGCCGGCUCUUCUCUCUCAAAAGGACUUCCGGGAAGAUGGCAGAAGAGUAAGACGCGGAGAUCACCUUCCUACCCACAGAUACACCAGAAAUACAUCUACACGUGGAACAACUCCUACAGAACACCUACUGAACGCUUGCAGAAGACCUCAGACCUCCCAAAAGGAAUCCUUUGAGAAGGCAAGCUUGAGUAGAAGCAGCAGUGGAGCAGGAAGCCUGAAAAGUGAGCUUUCAGAAAGCACAGACCUGCCGCCUGAGGGCUUCCAGGCCCCCUGUGAUAAGGACGAAGACCGAGCCUGUGCUGGAAUCUUGUCAGAUGAUAACUUCAACUUGGAAAAUAUUGAGAAAGAUAUAUAUUCAGAGUUUGAUGAUGAAUUGGACACUUUGGAUAACUCAAGCAACUCCAGUUCAAGCCCUUUGAAGGAAUCUACAUUCAUCACUUUAAAGAGAAGUUUUAGUGCUUCAGGAGGAGAAAGACAAUCCCAAAAAAGAGACUUCACUGGUGGAAUAGGAUCAAGACCAAGGCCAGCAUCUGCAGGAAUUGCUGUGUCCCAGAGGAAAGUACGUCAGAUCAGUGAUCCUAUUCAGCAGAUCUUAAUCCAGCUGCACAAAAUCAUCUACAUCACUCAGCUUCCUCCAGCUUUGCACCACAAUUUGAAAAGAAGGGUUAUAGAGAGAUUCAAGAAAUCCCUCUUCAGCCAGCAGAGUAACCCUUGUAAUUUGAAAUCUGAAAUUAAAAAGUUAUCUCAGGGAUCUCCAGAACCAAUUGAGCCCAACUUUUUCACAGCAGAUUACCAUUUAUUGCAUCAUUCAUCAAGUCAAAACAGCCUAUCCCCAAAUAACCCAACAGGUCUACCCUCCAGCUUUGAUUUGGAGCAGGGGAUAACGUAUGAACAGAUGCAGAUUGUGAUUGAAGAAGUCCUAGAGGAAAGUGGUUAUUACAAUUUUACUUCUAACAGGUAUCACUCCUAUCCAUGGGGGACCAAGAAUCACCCAACCAAAAGAUGAAAGUGCUGCAUUUUGAAUGGACUUCGUUUUCCCAGUGAAGAUCAAGUUCUGGACUUCAACCACUACUGGCAAGAUGCCCAAAGAUUGGGUGCUGCUAAAAGAGUGUGGAAGAGAAAAGACCAACAUACCGUGGUGCCUGCAGGACCUCUUUCUGGAGGUCCAGUGCUAAGAGGCUUCAUCCUUAGGACACAUGUAUACAGGAUGACAGUGUGCUUCUGGGAGAAAAUGCUGCAAAAUUCGUCUGUGAGAAGAAAACCCACUCCUUGCAGAACUUUCCUCCAAGUUAAAAAAAAAUACUUGUCAUAUUUUUCAAAGGAAUCUACUUAGAAUUGCUGAAACUAUGUUUAAACGCAUCUAUGUAUAAAAGAUAGUUUUAGAUAAAGAAAAUUAUAGAACUCAGAACAGUAAUAUAUUGGGUGAUUCACUGUAUCCCUCAAUGUUUUUAAUCUUAAAAGAAAUUCAGAAUAUGUGAUCAAAUUAUUUUGUAGUUUUAUUUGUUUGUUUUAAUGAAAGGAUUGGUUUUCUCUUAACCAGUUGGGUACUAGUGGUCUUGAACAGUAUUUGUAACCUUGCACAGCCUCUGGGAAUAACAGUCAAAUUGUCAUAUUUAAGCUAAGAAUGUAUUGAUGUAUAGUUUGUGUAUAUGUAUAUAUGCAUAGGGGGAGGAGGAAGGUUUUGAUUAGGCUAAUGUUUUGCUGCUAAUCAAACUCAUAGUGUUUUUAGGGCACUUUGAAGAGUCAUAGAGUCUAUGAAAGAGAUGCAAUAUUCCAUAUUCCAAGUCCCGCCUAACUGAAAUUACCAACAUUGCUUUUAAAUUUUUUAUUGCUUGAGAAUUUGAAAUGAAAAUAAGUUAUAUAAUAAAAUAUAAAUGUCUUCUUUA